GUGCCAACUGUCAUAAUGACAAACCCUUGCAUUUUUCAAAUGGAACACCUUGUAUAUUUUUGGCUAGAAUGAUAGAUUCUUUUCUUCUGAUUCCAAAUAUACCAUAUAUAUUGAUAUUUGAUUCAGCUGUUUUUAUGCUAUUCAAGUUUACCCUUUAUUUAAUCUGUCCGGGUUUCUUAUACCAAUGAUGAGGCUUGCUCAAUGCAAUUUUAAAAUUAAAUAGCGCAAUAACAACUGAACCAAAUAUCAACAUGGUAUGGUAUAUUGUAUUUGGAAUCAGAAACAAAGCUAUCAUUCUAGUAAAAAAAAAAUAAAUUCCACCUCGUAUAGCUAAAGCUGUAAGUAGGGGUCAAAAUAUAAGGAAACAUUUUUGGUAGAUUUUCAACAACAAACAUUGGCUCCUAGCAGUAAUGAUACUUUUUCAAGUUUGCAAAUCCAUUUGGUUCUAUUGGUAUUGUAUUGGAAUUUAUACAGAAUCCGAAUAUCUUUUAAAAUUAGAUACCUACAACUUCUUUUUUGUUGUAGUAAAUUAAGUUGAUCGCCCAUCGUUCCAACUUAGUUUUUAUUAUUAUAAUUAUUUAUUAUUAUUUUUAUUUUUAGUUACAUUAAGUUAGAUUAAAAUGGCAAAAAAAUACGCUGUGAUAUAUUUUCCUGCAGAGAAUAUUUAUUCAGAAAUUCCAACGUCCUGGCUCACUCCAGACAAGGAGUACUGCUGGUGGCCAAAUUCAAUAAACUGCAAAUCAUUCAUGACCAGAGAUGAACCUCCAGAUGAAUCCACCUGGGCUCGUCACAGAAUUAAAUUUGAAGUUUAUGCCUCCACUUUAGAAAGUGCCCGUAGAAAGGCAGAAAAUCCGUCGUAUAUGACAGGCGGAGAAGAACUGGUGCCUAAGAUAAGAACUAGGAAACCUCGGACAAUAAGCAGCAACAGCAGCAGCUGUUUUGAGACAAUUACUCCACCCCCUUCACCAAAAAAAUUGAAAAAAAAGAAAUUAACAUCCACUAAUCAGCUCAAAAAGGUGAUGGCCCUUGGUGAGCAAACGGAAAUCCCUGCUGAACAAGAAAUUCAGGAAACAAUCAAACUUCCCAACCCACCUGGCCAGGAAAAAAAAAAAAUGGAAAAUUCAACAUGUAGUGGUAAAUUUGAUUUGUCAUUUUUGGUAAUCAAUUAUUACAUUACUUAUACAAAACAACUUGACGAAUUGCUAGUUGCUGUUGAAAAACUAAGCCUCACUGUUGCAAACAUGCAAAAAUAUAUUAUCAGCAUUGAUAAUAGAUUAAAAACAAUAAAUGCUGAAGAAGGCAGGGUAGUGGCGGACAAAGUGAUGGAAAAUUUAAACAAAAAUUUACCAUUGACGUCUACGGAAAACGUACCGGAAUUUGAUGAAAUGAUGGAAAAUGAAGACUUUAAAAAUACCUAUGUACAGUUUAUCAAGCGCAUUGGAGGGCGAGAUUUCAAAGACCAUGUGAAUAGGUCCUUGCCAAAAAUAUUCACCAAUGACCUGGGUAAAGAAUGCUCUUAUAUCGGAUUGAGAGGAAAUUAUAAACUGCAAAAGUUUAAUUUUAUGCGAAUUUUCGUAGAUAUUAUUAUGGUACAGCACUCGGCUACCCUACACGAAGUAGAAAAAAGUGUGGGAGAAUGGUUCCGGUUGUCCAAUCAAAGAAAAAAGAGGGUAGAAAAAAAUUCAAAAGAUUGAAUUCUAAAAUGAAAAUUUAAACCUUUUUCCUUUAGUAAUAAGUUGUUUUCAUCAUUUCUUGGAAUGAAUGAUUGGUUUUUUUUUUAUUUUAGUUUUAAGAGUUAGAUUAUAACAUUUUAAGUUUUUUUUAUAGUCUAUUUUUGAGAAAGAAAGAGUUAUUACUAUUAGUAAUGCAUCAGAAUGUUGUUUUCCAUUUUAUAAAUACAUAUUAUUCAAAACUAUUCUUGCAUUAGUCUUUUUCUUUAACCUUCCUUUUCCUUGAAAGUGAGUUGAGUACUUAUAUUUUUUUCUUUGUCAGUGUGCCAUGGCUGUUGAUUCUGCUUUGAGUCCACGUGGAUAGAACAAAAAACUGGUAG